GCCCCUCGCUGCGCGGCCCGCCCGCGCCCGAGCAGCCCGGCGGGCAGGGCGGCUCCGCGCCCGGCCUGGGCGCCACGGGCGCCUGCGCUCUCGCGGCCGCGGCCGGCGCCGUGCUGUCGGGCGCCCGCCGCCGCGCGACGGCCAGGAGGGCGAUCACCGAUCUGAACAGUGAUUACAUCCGCGAUUACCCGGUCUACGAGAACAGCGUCAAUUUCAUCAACAAGAACGGCGGUGCCACGGCGGUGCCCGGCAGCGAGAAGGCUCUGAAGACCAUGGUGGGCGCUGGCCCAGAGAUCAACGACGGCGAGAUCUGGGACCCCAUGGGCUUCGCCAAGCUGUACGACAGGAACUUCGACUUCAACAUGGUCAUGACGUGGCCACAUGUGCAGUGGCUGCGCGAGGCCGAGCUCAAGCACGGCCGCGUGUGCAUGCUGGCGUUUGUCGGCAUGGUGACCCAGUCGUUCUUCCAGAUCCCCGGUGAGCCACAGGAGCCGAACUACUGGAAGGCCCUGGACGCCUGCUACGCCGACCCCGUCGGCCGCCUCGGCGUGGUGCAGAUCUCCGUCUUCAUCGCGCUCAUGGAGGGCAAGUACUUCCCCGAGGACUCGUGGAUCGGCCAGAUGGACCGCGAGCCGGGCGACCUCGGCUGGGACCCGCUGAAGUUCAGCAAGAAGCCGGGCUUCGACCUGCAGGAGAAGCAGCUCAUCGAGCUGAAGAACGGCCGCUUGGCGA